AAGAUGCAUUUCCCCGAGUUUCUUCAGUCUCAUCAACUGCAAUUAGAUUCCAUUCCAAAGCAUUUAUGGAAGUCUAUCCAUCGAAAACUUUGUUGGGAUAGUGAACCUUCUGAGCUUGAGUUGCUCAAGUCUGAUCCCGAUCGACAUCAAGUCACAUUAGAAUCAAGCACUUCAAUAUUGGAUCCAGAUGGACAAGUAUUCGUGCUUGAUCAUAUAUUUACAUUUUCAGAUGGGGAUCUUCGAGAAUCCUUGGAUACAGCACCCAAAUCGGAUGUGGAUGCCAUGGCUUUGGUUUUGAGUCGGCGUGGCAUGGACGUAGCUACUACAUCUAAACUAGCUUCUGCAAUUUGGACUAUUGCUGAUGCAUACACCAUAUCAGUCACUAAAGAACAGGGAAAAGUUACUCAACAGUUCAUGUGGUAUGUUCCAGGAGAAAAGAUUUUGAAUAUGGCCCACUCCGAUACGCCCAACAUGAACUGCUGCUUAUUUUUUGAUAUGUAUGGAAUGAGACCAAUUAAUCUCAUUUGGCCAAAUCGUAUUAUCAAAUCGGGCGAACCCUUGACUCGGGAUUAUCUCCAGUCAUGCAAAAACAAAAAAGAGCGUCAAUCACUUGCAUUUGCAUGGUUUCAUUUGUCAGAGCCACCUGCCUCGAGCUUAUCUGAAAAAAUUAAAGCCUCGACUCAACAAGUAGAUGCUAAAUCAGACAAUCUCGCAUUGGAUGUCAAGGCUUUACAAAUUGAUUCCAAGACAAAGACGGUCGAUUAUACUAGAAAGAUACUACCGAAAAAGGAAAAGUAUCUUGUAUACAGUCCAGAUAUUGCAAAGCAUUUAUUUAAAGACAGUUUACGUGGAUCAAAGUUUGAAUUGACUACUAGUACAGCCGAUGCUGAUAUUUUUUGGACAGCAGAGAAACACCACUACAAUUCACUUGGGCAUCACCAAUUUUACAACAACUUUCCUAAUCAAGGAACACUGGUUGUCAAGGAUCGUUUGCAGGCGUGCAUCUACAAGCAUUGGGGACUCCUUGGUUCAAAAAAAUGGUAUCCACGAUCAUUCAACCUGAAUUGGGAAGUCGAUGAAUUUGUAAGCAUGUUUUUAGCAUGCCAAUCUCAAAAUUCAAAAAAUAAUGUUUGGAUUGUGAAACCAUGGAAUGGAACGCGCAGUCAAGGCAUCAUUGUUAGCCGAGAUUUACCUGAAAUUCUAAAGCAACUCGCUACUGGACCAAAACUUGUUGCAAAAUAUAUUCAUCCUCCUGCAUUAUUAGAAGGCAAAACCAAAUUUGAUCUGCGAGUUUUAGUCAUUAUCGAAUCUGUGUCACCUCUAAAGCUAUAUACAGUUCCGACUGCCAUCUACUCACGUGAAUCCAAUGUUCCAUACGACAUUCAUCUUGAGCAAUUGGACAGCUUUACUCAUCACUUUACGGUAAUGGGAUAUCGACAACUGGAUGUAGUCAAAUCCCCGUUACCAGAGCUUAAGACGCGGAUUGAAGCCUGUUCAGCCAAACCCAUUUCUUUUGACAAGGACAUACUACCACGCAUUCUCCAAGUUAUUCGCAAUGGAGUAGAAGCCGCUGUAAAUGGAGAUGGCCUAGAGUCACUUGGUGCUGAUGUAAAAGUGAAGUCCAUGUAUGGAGCAGAUGUAAUAUUGGAUGCAGAUUUAAAUCCAUGGCUUCUCGAGUUUUCAGAAGUGCCAGAUACUGGACGUGUGAUUGAAACCUGGCCUACACUUUAUGGCGACCUCCUAAAUUCUCUGUUCGUUGCUGAUCAAAUGUCCGAAAAGUUUGUUGCAUUUUGAAGUUGAAUACAUAUGGAUUGCUUGCAUUCUAUCACUUAAUCUUCAAGUUGGUUUGGUUGACCAGGCCACUAUUUUGCUUUCAGAUUGAAUGCAUUAGACUAGAAUGACUUU